AUGGCGGUGGCACGGAAAAUCAAAACUUUGUUGACGGUGAACAUCUUGGUCUUCGUGGGCAUCAUCCUCUUCUCCGUGUACUGCAGGAUCCAGGACCGCUCCCAGGAGCUGGUGCAGAUCGUCCGGAGCGCGGAGCGCCGGGCCAGGAGCCGCGGUGCCAAGGUGGGCAGCCUGGCCGACAGGGAGUCCAUCCUGCAGCGCCUGGACCACCUGGAGGAAGUGGUCUACAACCAGCUCAAUGGUCUGGCAAAGCCCAUGGGAUUAGUUGAAGGUCCAGGAGGCUUGGGCCAGGGGGGAAUGGCUGCUACCCUGAGAGAUGAUAGCCAUGAAUCAGAGACUAAGUAUGAAGAAUAUGGUUACAAUGCCCAACUCAGUGACAGGAUAUCACUGGACAGGUCCAUCCCUGACUACAGACCUAAAAAGUGCAAGCAGAUGAGCUACCCAGAGGACCUGCCCCAGAUCUCGGUGGUGUUUAUCUUUGUGAACGAAGCUCUCUCUGUCAUCCUGCGCUCGGUGCACAGCGUGGUGAACCACACCCCAUCCCACCUGCUCAAGGAGAUCAUCCUGGUGGAUGACAACAGUGACAACGUGGAGCUGAAGUUUAACCUGGACCAGUAUGUCCAUAAGAGGUACCCAGGCCUGGUGAAGAUCGUGCGCAACAACAAACGCGAGGGGCUGAUCCGAGCCAGGAUCCAGGGCUGGAAAGCAGCAACAUCCCCUGUGGUGGGCUUCUUUGAUGCCCAUGUGGAGUUCAACACUGGCUGGGCGGAACCGGCGCUCACGCGGAUCAAGGAGGAUCGCAAGCGGAUCAUCCUGCCCGCCAUCGACAACAUCAAGUACAACACCUUCGAAGUGCAGCAGUACGCCAACGCGGCCCAUGGCUACAACUGGGGGCUCUGGUGCAUGUACAUAAUCCCACCACAGGACUGGCUUGAUAAAGGGGAUGAGUCAGCUCCCAUCAGGACACCAGCCAUGAUUGGAUGCUCGUUUGUGGUGGACCGAGAGUAUUUUGGUGAGAUUGGCCUGCUGGACCCUGGCAUGGAGGUCUAUGGAGGAGAAAACAUCGAGUUAGGCAUGAGAGUGUGGCAGUGCGGGGGCAGCAUGGAGGUGCUGCCCUGCUCCCGCGUGGCGCACAUCGAGCGCACCAAGAAGCCCUACAACAACGACAUCGACUACUAUGCAAAGCGCAACGCCCUGCGCGCCGCCGAGGUCUGGAUGGAUGACUUCAAGUCCCACGUCUACAUGGCCUGGAACAUCCCCAUGGCAAACCCCGGAGUUGACUUUGGAGACGUUUCUGAAAGAAUUGCUCUGCGACAGCGCCUGCAGUGCCGGAGCUUUAAGUGGUACUUGGAGAACGUGUACCCUGAGAUGAGGGUUUACAAUAACACAGUCACUUAUGGAGAGGUGCGGAACAGCAAAGCCAGCGGCUACUGCCUGGAUCAGGGGGCUGAAGAGGAUGACAAAGCCAUCCUUUAUCCCUGCCAUGGAAUGUCCUCCCAGCUUGUCCGCUACAGCUCGGAAGGUGUCCUGCAGCUGGGGCCGCUGGGCUCCACCGCCUUCCUGCCCGACUCCAAAUGCCUGGUGGACGAUGGCAAGGGCAGGACACCCACCCUCAAGAAGUGUGAAGAUGUCCUGAGGCCAGCACAGAGGUUCUGGGAUUUCACACAGAAUGGUCCAAUCAUCAGCAGAGACACUGGCCGUUGUCUAGAAGUGGAAAUGUCAAAGGAUGCAAAUUUUGGGCUCAGAUUAGUCGUACAAAGGUGCUCGGGGCAGAAAUGGAUGAUUAGAAACUGGAUCAAACACGGUCGGCACUGA